AUGGUAAAGGUCGCCAUUGCUGGUGGCUCUGGCCAGGUUGCCAGAGAGGUGAUAGAUGCUCUACUAGCAGCAGACAAGCACGAAAUAACUGUUUUAAGCAGGGCUGUUACAAAUGGAAUUCCGUCGAUGGUUCACUGGCGCGUUGUUAGCUACGACAACAAACCAGACCUGUCGGCAUCCUUAAAAGGAGUACACACUCUCCUGUCCUUUGUCCAGCUACUUGCAGACCCGGCCAACCAGUCGCAGAAGAAUUUAAUUGAUGCUGCUAUCGCUGCAGGUGUCAGACGUUUCGCUCCGAGCGAAUACGGGAGUGCUGGGACAAUUCACAUGCCUUGGUGGAUAGGAAAGGAAGAGGUCCGGAACUACCUGAGAAAGGUCAACGAGAACGAGAAACUCCUUGAGUAUACCCUCUUCCAACCAGGCCUGUUCUUAGACUAUCUUGCGUCUCCCUAUAAGACCGCCAGGCACGUCGACCCUCUGGACACCGUCUUUGAUCUGCAGAACUGUCGAGCAAUUGCGGUCGAUGGCCAUGAAGAUGCCGUAAUUACCUUCACUGCGGCCGCUGACCUUGCCUCAAUGGUCGCGAGAGCCGUUGACUAUGAGGGAGAGUGGCCAGAAAUCGGUGGAAUUAGAGGCAACCGUGUAGCUUUCUCGCAAGUAAUCAAGCUUGGUGAGAAGAUCCGAGGCCGUCCUUUCGUUGUCGACAAAGUGAAACUAGAAGAUCUGGAGGCUGGUGUUUUGAAGACGUCGUGGACCCUGAAGCAAAAGCACCAGGCCGUCCCGGAUGAGCAGCUCGCUGGUUUCUUGACAGAGGUACCCAUCGGAUUCCUGCUGAGCAGUGUCAACGGGGCCUGGGAUAUUUCAGACGAGUUCAACCAACUGUUCCCGGCAUGUGAACUUCACGAAAUGGGAGAAUUCCUCACUAAGGUCUGGGCAGGAAAGGCGUGA